CUAGACAUACGGCCGGAGAGAGGCCGGAGACCCAAUAAUACAAACACAUCGAUAAAAUCAAUGGAGGCUGCCGUGGCCGGAUCUAUCCUGAAGACGGUCGUGGGGAAGCUGUUCGAGGUCCUCCGCAAGGAGUAUGAGAAGCACAAGAACCUCACGCAAGAUGUCGAACAAAUCAUGUUAGAUCUCGACAUGUUCUAUGCCGCAUCUGGGGCGAGGAGCGAAGGCUGCCGCAGCACUGUCGUGGAGACGCGCUACAGCGAGGAGAUGCUGGACAUCGCACACGACGUCGAGGACUGCAUCGACCGCUUCACGCACCGCCUGGUGUGCAAGCAGCUUGGGGCCAGGCCGUUCCGUAGCCUCACAAAAGCCGCCAUCUGCUCGAGCUUCGCCGGCGACAUCCAGAAGAUUCGGAGCCGCAUCAAGGAGGCGCACCAGCGGGUUAUGGAUAAUCCUAUUUCUGGUACCACCUCGAGGAGGAGGUAUGGUGAUCCUACCAUUACGCGACGCGACAUGGUUGGCAUCGGAAAGGCCGUCGAGGAUCUCGUCUCCCUGCUUUAUGAGGUGGAGUGCGAGAAAGAGCAGCUGAGGGUGAUCUCCGUUGUGGGGUUCGGCGGCUUGGGGAAGACCACUCUCGCGAGGGCAGUCUACGACAGCCCUCGCACCAAGGAGAGAUUCCCCUGCCGUGCUUGGGUUACUGCUGCUGGUCGUUCGCCGGAGAUUGACGGCGGCGGAUUCAGCUGGAUCCUACGGGAGAUAGUCCGUCAAGUUCUUCCCAGAGAGAAAGAAGUAAUGGAUGUUGAUGAUGGUCAACGACAUCUUCAAGACACGCUCACGGACUACCUCCAGGACAACAGGUACUUAAUUGUCAUUGAUGACGUCAGGAUGGAGCAAUGGGACACUAUAAGAUCAAUUUUGAAAGACAAUGGUAAAGGCAGCAGAAUACUAGUGACCACAACUAUUCAGUCAGUAGCAAACAUAUGCAGCCAUGGGAAUGGUUAUGUGUACCAUGUGAAGUCACUUGGCAACGAUGACUCCAAGAAGAUAGCUCUGCCGGGGGUACCAUCACCUCUGCUGGAGGAGGAGUCGGCGAUGCUGUUGAAGAAGUGCGAUGGCCUUCCACUCGCUCUUGUCAGUGUCUCGGAUUAUUUGAAAAGUUCGAGUGAAUCAACGGUGAAACAGUGUGGUGAGUUAUGCCGCAACUUGGGGUCACACCUGAAAGAGGAGAAGCAUGGCCUUGACCACUUUGCAGAGCUGAGGGAGGUGCUUCUGGAUAACUACGAGAGUCUGUCGGGAUAUGCUCAGACGUGCUUGCUGUAUCUGGGUCUAUUCCGAAAUGAUCGUCCAUUGAAGAGGAAAGUUGUAGUCAGGCGCUGGUUAGCUGAAGGAUAUGCACGGAAUGAUCCUUCACGCAGUGAAGAGGACAUUGCACACGAGAAUUUCAAGAUGCUCAUAGACCGGAAUAUCAUCAGGGAUACAAGAAACAAUGGCCAGGUGAAGACGUGCAGAACCCAUGGCAUCAUGCAUGAGUUCGUGCUGCACAAGUCCUUAUCGCUGAAAUUCAUCGCGGCAUCUUCUCUUGACCGUCCAAGAGCACCCUACAGUGUCAAUGCUCGACAUCUUUCAAUUCAUGGUGGCGAUGCCACAUACAAGUAUAGUGGAGGGGCAUAUGGCAAGAAGGGACUAUCUCGUGUUCGGUCUGUGACACUCUCUGGGAAUACUAAUGCAGCAGCUGAUGCCAUCUCUUAUGUUGUCAUGUGCGAACUUCUACGCGUCUUAGAUCUCGGAGAUUGCAGUGAUCUGAAAGAUGACCAUCUCAAGGACAUAGGCAAGCUGCUGUAUCUGAGAUAUCUAAGCUUGGGGAGCUCCAUCACCAAGCUUCCCAAGAGCAUUAUUGGAAAGCUUCAUUGUCUAGAGACACUGGACUUGAGGAGAACCAAGAUAAACACACUUCCCAGGAAAGUCAUCGAGCUUCCACACUUACUUCACCUGUUUGGGAGGUUUAUGCUUGAGAAAGAUGACCUGAAGAAGGCAAGCAAGAUCAGGAAGCUACGCAAGUUCUUGUCUGAAGAGAGCAACUUGCAGACUUUAGCAGGAUUUGACACCGAUGGGGAAGAAGGUUUUCUCCAAUUUGUGGGCCAAAUGAGAAAACUCAGGAAGAUGAAGAUAUGGUGCAAGCCCUGUGCGAAUGGCAGUAGCAGCAACUACUGGGCUGACCUUUCCAAGGCAAUUCAGGAGUUCGCCAAGGUUCCCAUGGUGUAUGCAGGGAACCAAGGUGCUCGUUCUCUCUCAAUUAAUUCCGAAGAAUGCUCAGGAGAAUUGCUCAGUUCAAUCAAUUUCGGGACAUGCCCUGAUGGCUUCGUAUAUGAGAUGACGUCACUUAAGCUACAAGGCGAGUUUCUCAGAGGACUGCCUCCGUUUGUUACCAUGCUGUCAGGUCUCACGGAGCUGUGCAUCUCAUCAGCGACAGCUACCCUGACACGAGAUGUUCUGUCAGCACUGUUCGGACUUCGCUGCCUGCUUUACCUCAAACUGAUAGCCCAUCAGCUCGAGAGCUUCGAGAUGAGAAAUGGUGCUCUCCCAAGCCUGGAACGGCUGUGUUUUGUGCUGCAAAGUCCAGCUCCCGCCCUUCCAACAAUGGAGCAAGGAGCUCUGCCGAAUCUUGUUUCGCUUCAGCUGCUGUGUCCAUGGCUCGAUGGCCUUUCAGGUAUGAACAUCAGGCACCUCGAACGGCUCAAGGAAGUCACGAUCCACGCCGGCGUGACUGGGCAAACACGGCAAGCGUGGGAAGGAGCGGCGAAGAACCACCGGAAUAGACCCACACUCAAAACUGUUGGCGAAAUCGAAGAAGAAGAAGCUUCUUCCACGAGGGAAAAGAGGAAAAACUACGACUCAAGCACCGACGAACUCGGUCUAGAUUCCGGUAUCAAGAGGAUCAGGCUUUCAGUUCCGGAGCCGCCGCCGAUUCAGCUGGUAGACGCGGCGUCAUCCAGUUACUUAGCUUCGCCUCUCCAUAGUGAAGAUGUCCUGCAGUUUGCCGGCAUGUGCAAUGUCUCUGUGGCACAAAUCGAUGAGGCGCUCGACGCGGUCUAAUGUUCGAUUGCUCCAGUUGCAACAAUGCUGUCGAU